GGGUGCAAUAUACUCUUAUCUCACUUCACUUCCACUUUCAACCAUUUGUGGAGAGAUCAGGCAUUUCUGAGGAUGGCAUGCUUUGAAAGAGCGUCUCCGGCACUGAGGGAUAUCCUGCUCAAACGGUACCGUGCUGAAAAGCCCAUGGAGAUUGAUCAUCACUUGUAUGAAUUCGGAUCUGUGGAAUACCACAUCCAGUCUUCAGCAUCAGAUCCAUAUCAUACCUACUUGUCAAUAUCCACCCCACUACUGUCCCAGGGUGCCCUGCUAUCGCAUGGGCUUUCGCACUACACUAUAGAGAUGGUACAGGGAGUUAGUUCUGAUGUAAUGGAGAUUGUUGAACCAGCAAAAGAAGGAUACCAGCUUACUCUAAGUAUUAACUUUGAUAAGAUUCCACAUGGCAAAGACUCUGUAAAGGCAAUUACAGAGAUAUCUUCAGUGCAAGCAGUAAUACUAAGUUCUCAGUUGAAAGAAAUGUUGCUCAAUCUCAAUUCCCAGGUUACAUUUCAAGGGACUUACAAACCAAUCAAACUAGUCUAUCACCCAAGGGAAUCUUUCUUUGUCAUCAGAAAGCCACAAAAAAUCAUAGCAGUAUUCCCCAUGCGUUUCAAAGAAAAUUCAGAUGUGAUUAUUGCAACAGCCUUCUUUCAGGAACUUAUGGAUGUGGGAAGUUCUCAAGAAUGGGCCAAAGUACCUCAUUGCACCUGGUCGCCCAUUCCUCCUCCAGAACUGAGAGGAGAAUCUUUUGAAGAUUUGAGCACCAAUGGAGGAUUUGUUUCUUUUGAUAUUUCUUCACGCCAUGUUGAGGGCAAAAGACUAGAUAAGACUGUAUGGAGUCUAUUGAACUUCAAUGCCUACGUUAAAUACCAUGUAAAGUGCACCAGAGGUUUUAUUCAGAGAAGGAUGAGGAAGCGUUUGGAAAGUUUGGUUGAGGUCCUGCAGAGUGCAAGCUCAGAAGAAAAAGAACAAUUUCAAAAAUAUCAAGGUGGAGGAUACAAGUAUAUAAGCAAACUGGUCAGUCUAUCAAAAUCUAAAAUCCUCAAGCGAAGAUAUGGCAACUUAAGCAGGAAGAUCAAGCGACUCCGAUCCCGAAUUAAAAUCCACGGAUUUGGGCGUUUCCGUCGACGAUGGUUGAGAUUCCCAAAGUUUUCUUCUUCAAUGGGAUAUGCCAAAUUAGAUUAAAACCAUUCUCAUACUUUGUACAUUCCAGUAUAUGAUUGCAGUUAGGACAUUAGAUUGGUGCCAGAUUUGGACUUCAAUUACUCUUUGAAUGUAAUGAUUAAAGGUGCUUCACAUGAUCAAUAACAAACAACCUAAGUUCCUAAAA